GCUAGCUGUGGACCUGCUUAAACUUCCGGGUUGCUGCUUCCUGUGUAUUUUAAAGCCAUUUGGCUCACAACGUGUUUAUUAUUGUGUCAUAAGAUUCUUGCAAACGUGUUAUUUGAAUACUUUCUUAUUACUUAGUUUACAAUGAGUUCUAAAGCUCGAAUUGGCUCUUGUUGUGUCGCUGUAGGAUGCUGUAGGAGAUCAGGUACAAAUUUGUUAUCAGAAAUCAAGAUGAUCCGAUUCCCUAAAGAUCCUAUUCGGAAAACACAGUGGGAAAAUACUGUUGGACGUAAGGAUUGGACUUCCACAGUUAACUCUCGAAUAUGUAAUAGCCAUUUUAUUAGCGGAAAUAAAUCUGAUGAUCCCAGUCAUCCUGAUUAUGUACCAUCAGUCUUUCAUCAUAAAGCUGCUUUGGCUUCAGGAAGUGUGCAGAGGUUUGAAAGAACUGUAAGGCGUGGAUUAUCUAAUGGUAAACAAUUUUUUUUAUUGUAAAUGUUUGUGACAAGGAUUUAUUUGUUUGAUAUUAAGUGCUCUAUGAUAAAUUAAUGAACACUUUUGUAUUGUUAUGUAGUUUAAUUUCUAAUCUUGGAUUUGUUGCAUCAUGUGUCUGAUAAGCAUAUUAGUUUUGAGUUAUCUCUCAUUAAUUAUGUGUUAGACAAUACCCUGGCAGUGCCAAUAACUAAAUUUUUCUGAUUAGCUUUUUAACAAACACAACUUUGUCAAAAAUCACCAUACCGAGAAUUGCCAGUAUUAAAAUGUGAGAAACUGAUUUACUUUGUAAGAUAGUAAGCAGAUUGUACUCUGUAACUUAAUAGUCAACAGUUAAUGGGUUAAGUAUUGUAAGUAACACUUAUUUUUGAUUUGAAUUUAUUCUUAAAGUUAAUGCAA